CCGCUAUACCCAUAAUUCACCGCGCUGAGACAAAAUGAAGGAAUACAGCCACUGCGGGAGAACAAUGUUUGGGCUCUAAAGAUUGAAACGGACGACCAAAGGUGAAAUAAACCAGCCGAAAGAGCUAUUGGUGGUCAUGUACUGGAUGGUUCCGGUUGGCUCCCUUUAGUUGAACUUGCCCACCACCACCAAGUUCAUCAUGAGCAUCAUUCAAGACAAACUAGGUAAUGACUUCCUGCGCUCCAAUGGGAGCAUGGACUCCAACUUCUCCCCUGGCAUGAUCAUGUUCAGUCACCUGCCCCCUGUGACCAGCUUCACCCGGCUGGCCACCCAGUCUGUUAUGCAGGACCUGCCAGGCCCCCACGAGAUGAUCCUGAAGAAGGAGCGGGACUCUCCAGACUGCAGCAUGGCCGGGGUGGGCGGCUUGGUGGAGUAUGGCGGGGUGGGGGAUUAUGUCCAUGCCAUGGACAUCAAGCAGGAGAAGAUGACAGAACAUGACUACCGUCAGCCGCUGUAUCCUGGAGGCCCGGGGAAGAGCACAGAGCUCCUGGAGGUGUCCAUGGGCAACCACCAGAACCUGCUGGUGCAUGACCUUAGCCUAGGCAACCUGCCGAGUCGGUUAGGAAAGGAGUCCUCAGGAAAGAGAGGUCGAAGGUCAAAUGGUGAAGAGGGCAAUCCCAGGAGGAAACGUGGAGAGCCUAAGCAAUCAAUGAUGCUGGAUGCAGAUGGAGGCAGCCUGUGGCCCAACGGGAAGCUCCACAUCUGCGAGCACUGCAGCGCAUCCUUCAGGAGCUCAUACCACCUGCGCAGACAUGUCCUCAUCCACACAGGCGAGAGGCCGUUCAGGUGCAGCCAGUGUAACAUGAGUUUCAUCCAGAAGUACCUACUACAGCGGCACGAGAAGAUCCACAGCGGAGAGAAGCCUUUUUGCUGUGACCAGUGUAACAUGCGCUUCAUUCAGAAAUACCACAUGGAGAGACACAAGAGGACCCACAGUGGAGAAAAGCCAUACAGAUGUGAGACCUGCCAACAGUUUUUUUCUAGAACGGACCGAUUACUCAAGCACAAGCGAACCUGUGGAGAAGCCAUAAAGAAGGGUCUGGAGCCCGGGAUGUUGGACCUGGGAUGUGAGGACAUGGGGCAGGGCAGCUACGGAAUCACUCAGGGAAACACUGGGGCCUCGGGCCGGAAGAAGGGCAAGUCCAAAAACUCUGAGGGGGGGGAGCGCAAGAGGAAGAAAGCGGCAGGACCGGUUGAAGCAGGGGGGCUGGGCGGAGCACACAUUCACGGGGCGCCGUCGGGAGGCUACAGUCUCCAUGACUACAGCGUGGAGAAUCACACUGUGUCCUCGUCCACUCCGCCAGGGCCCAGUAUGCACCACGAGCAUCACGGCCGAGCCCCUAAGAUGGCCUUCAAGAAGGCCAACCGUAAGGCCCUGGACCAAGGGGACUUGGGGCAGGCCAAGCAGGGAAAUAUGGAGCAGGGUGUGGGGAUGGGCCUCAUGCAGGGCUCCGAGGCAAAAUCGGGUCCCACCAGCACCAACUAUGAUGACGCCAUGCAGUUCAUCAAGAAGAGGCGCUACCUUAACGCGGCCAACAGUGCAGCAUCAGGGGCCGGGGUGGCAGGGAGCAGCACCAACGAUUAUGAGGUCAACGUUGGUCACCUGUCAUCCCAGCAGUCGGUUAUCCAGGGGGUGGUCUCAGGCGUGAUGGACAGCGACUCGCCGCUGAGUCUGCUAGACUCCUCCCCCAUGGGCGUGGACAAGCACGACAGGUCGGGGAUCCCUGACGAGGUGCUGCAGAGCCUGCUGGACCACUACACUCAGAAACCAGACAGCUCGCACCACGACGUGCACUUUGACCUCAGUGACCACCACGUGGUGCUGCACCCUGUCUCAGCAGAUGGCUCUGACCUGAGCCACGAUGCAGACUCUCCCAGCCCGUCUGGAGACAAGACGGUCAUUAUGCACGAGUACUCCCGCUUCCUGCUGCAGGCCCUGGAACGCACCAGCCACAACACAGGCUUCCCCCUGGGCCCCGGGCCCCCAGCUACAGGGCCCUUCACCAGCACCCACCAACGCAACCCACUCUUUACAGACAAGCACAUCUACACUACGUCCCCUCUGGAGUGUGGCUUCGGCCAGCCGGUGGCCUCUCCCACCCUGCCCUCCUCCGUGCCAAAGUCCCACUUUGCGAUGCUGUCGGACUCUUCUCCGCAGCACGGCUUCCACCUAAACAGUCUGGAGCCUGCCACCCACCAGCAGCUUACGCCUUCUCAGGAGCUCACCGACCAGAUGGAGAAGCAACACUCCUCCUCUUCCCCCUCCUCCUACCAGAUCAGCCCGUCUGACCUGGGCAGCCAGAAGGACUCGCAGAACCUGGCUUCUCUGGAUCCCUCCAAGGGCUCCUACACGAUCGAGAACUUUGCCCAGGCCUUUGGAUCCCAGUUCAAGUCGGCCGGCCGCGGCGCCUUGUCGUACGGCACUGACUCUUGCGGGGAGGUGGACCACAGGAUAAGGACGCCAGUCUCCGAAUUCUCAGGGUAUACUAGUUUGUUAGCCGACGUCAAUGAGGCAGUAAGUACAGGUUCCAAAACCCCAACAAGCCAAAGCUACAGAUAAGGGCCUGGGAGGGGACAGCAUUCUGUUGGAGGUUCAUGUUUUGUCUAUUUUUUUAUAUAUUUUUUUUUUAGUGCUCCUAUUUUAUUCUUAUUAAGUGAAGUUUUAAUUAUUAUUAUUACAUUGCCGCUAUGUGUAUGCCCCAACCCUCUCCCCAGGACUGGUCUUCAAGGACUAUUCAAAUGCAAUUUUUUAAGAUAUAUUUUUUAAGUAAAUAUCUAUGUAUUUAGUCUGUUUUUCUUGUGUCAUUUUUGGUCUGCUCGUUAAUCGUUAGAAUGAAAAGUACCUUCUUUUUUUUUUAAGCAAACAACAGAGUAGCAAUGAACUUGUUUUUUUUCUCCCAUGAGCUUAAGGGUUUUAGCAAUCAACUUUACAAUUGUAGCUAGCAUAAUAAUGAGAAUAACAAUGAUGGCUGCAGGAAAUAGCCCAGAACUGAAAUAGCAAAAAAUAAAUAAUGAUAUUGUCUGUUACAAGGAUAAGUAUUACUCAGGAAAAAGUGUAAACGGAGGAAAUUGUAUAGUGCAGUGAGCACUCAUUUUAGAGGUGUAAAUGUGCAACUACAAAGAGGAUGCUUUGUUUGGUUAUUUCUUGUUUUAUACCUUGGUUGAUGAGUGCAACAAAUAAUGGAGGCUGCUGCCAGCUCACUUACACUGAGAACACUUUCCAUUUAGCUAUAUAGAGAUUAUGGUACUUUCUUGUCAAUGUGAAACUAGUGUUUUCUUUCAAUAAGGGCCAUAUAUAUUUAUAACAAUAUAUACAUGUAUAAUAACAGCUAUAAUCAUUCUGGGGAACUGCCAGGUGAGGUAGAGGAAUUGGGGGGGGGGGUCAAUUGUUUUCCUUGUUAGUUUGAGGAGAACAUAGUGCCGCUAUUCCUUGGCCAAUAGAGGUUGCUGUUGGACAGCUGUGGAAUGGCCUUCCUCAUCCUUCUUCCUCUUCAAUUCUGUUCUUUCCUUAAGAGUCCGAUUAGCACUUUGAGCCAUUUAAUUCAUUGAAUAAACUAAACUACCCCAUAAGAUCAUGGAAGACAUUUUGAAACAAACUGACUUGCUUUCUAAAGAGGUGUUGAUUUGGUUGGGGUUACUACCGUAUGCAGAUGUGGGGUUGAAUGCAUCUUGAGCACUGGGUUGUUAGGGGAAGGGGGGGGGGCUUUGGAUGGGAUGGGAGGGGGGUGGUUUGGACCUGGGGAGUUUUUUUUAAUUAGCAUUAUCUCCUGAAUGUUAUCACGGGGGGGGGGUUGUUUUAAGGAAAUGUAUUAACGGUUAAAUUGGGAGUGAACGUGUUAAGUAAUUCACUCUGUUCAGCAUCUUUGCUUUACUAUUUAAAGUUAAGUGUAUUAAAGUGGCGGAAUAUUCCUUCCCCUGUACUGAGACAGCCUGGAAACCAUUUAAGGAAGUGAUCGUGUGAUUUAAAUAUAACCCAUAUACCUAUAACAAACCCAAAGCAUUAGACAUUUCUGGUGUGCUGGCACUACCACAAUGGUAUUUUAUGAGGAAUGGGGUGCCUAGUCCUGGAAAAUGUCUACAAAUAAAUUGAGGAUGUCCCAAAUGGCACUCUAUAAAGUGUACUACUUUUGACCAGGGUGCCAUUGUGGAUGUACACAUUCUAUACAUGAAAUGUACAUUUCUCUGUGCAUGUGUCUAAUGCAUUGUUUGAUUAUGUAAUUUCUUGUGGUCCUGCAAUGAAUCUUUAAUUUAUUUGAUGUACUUUUGUAAAUCAAACAAUUGCAAUUUCUUCCAUAGCCACGACUGGCCUUUUGUGCUAGAAAUGCUGUCACACUUUCAAAAAAUAUAUAUUCUAUUUUUAUUUAUCCUUUUAUUUCCUUAUGCCCCUUUUUUGUCUUGCAGUCAUUCAGCCAUGUUUCAUGAUUCUGUGACUUUGCAAUAUCAUAGGGAACAAUGACCGACCACUACAACCAUGCUCUGUUUUUAUUGGAUAGGUGGCUGAGGUGAACAAUAAUGACAUUGACCUUUUUCUAUACCUCGUUAUCACUAAACACACAAGCAGGGACAGGACAAAAGGUUGGAUGUAUGGAGCAGAGAUGCUGUUGUAUGUGGCUAUUUUAAAACAUUGUGUUAAUGACAUUUAUUGGUCGAGGGUAUGUUAUUGCUUUAGGGUUCUGUAAAUGCCUAAUCUUGCCAGCCAGUGUUGCAGUCUACAGUUCAACUAAUUGUCUCCAAGGUAACAUUUGUUACUUUCUAUAUUGUAUGCCUAUUGUUUACAAGAGAAUUUACAAAACACUACAUCUAAAUCUUGCCCCGGAUUAUUAUUAUUAUUAUUCGCAAAACUUUUUUUGUCAGCUUACAAAAUUUGUAGCUGACGUUAUCUUCCCUCUUAUUUUGUUCCAGAUUCUUCUAAUGAUUUGCAGGGCUGUACCUGUCCAAUGAAUUUAUAAUUGAUUAGGGGAAAUAAAUUCUGUUAUCGAGAUUGUUGAUUUUGGUGUGACACUUAAACAAGUGGUUUGUUCUAAUGGUGUUUUACACGUUGUCCAUGAGGUGUUCACUUAAGGCAAAAGUCAUCUGGGAUUUGUGGUGUGUUAAUUGCAAAUAGUUUCACAGCGUGCUUUAUAGUAUUUAUGUAUUUAGGCUGAAUUUUACAUGACUUGUUAAAGGUCUGUCACAAGCAAUAUCUGUAUCCUGCCAUACACAGCUUUGCUUCCAUGUGGCAUUAUCUUUAUCAUUAGGGCCUACUGUCCUUAUGUUUCUUUCUGUCCUGUGACUGGGACUAUAUGGUGUUGGUCAGAUGCGUUUUGUGAGCCAACUGUUUGUUUACCCGCACGCAAUGGCUAAUAACCCAUUGCUCAAAUCUGAUGCCCUGACCCUAACCCGCAAAUAUAGAAAAUAUAUUGUGGGCUACAGUCAGACGGUGGAUUUUUUUUUUUUUUUUGAGGGGUUGCAGGAUUUUUUGGUUUGUUGCCUAAUGUAGAUGUAAACUCAGCAAAAAAAGAAACGCUCAUUUUUCAGGGCCCUGUUUUUUUUAAAGAUAAUUCGUAAAAAUACAAAUAACUUCAGAUGUUCAUUGUAAAGGGUUUAAACACUGUUUCCCAUGCUUGUUCAAUGAACCAUAGACAAUUAAUGAACAUGCACAUGUGGAAUGGUCGUUAAGACAGUAACGGCUUACAGACGGUAGGCAAUUAAGGUCGGUUAUGAAAACUUAGUAGAAAAGUCUCUUUGGUGUCCUGACUCUGAAAAACACCAAAAGAAAGAUGCCCAGGGUGCCUGCUCAUCUGCGUGAAUGUGCCUUGGGCAUGCUGCAAGGAGGCAUGAGGACUGCAGAUGUGGCCAGGGCAAUAAAUUGCAACGUCCGUACAGUGAGAUGCCUAAGACAGCGCUACAGGGAGACAGGACGGCCACUGAUCAUCCUUGCAGUGGCAAACCACGUGAGACACCUGCACGGAAUCGGUACAUCCGAACAUCACACCUGCGGGGCAGGUACAGGAUGGCAACAACAACUGCCCGAGUUACACCAGGAACGCACAAUCCCUCCAUCAGCGCUCAGACUGUCUGCAAUAGGCUGAGAGAGGCUGGACUGAGGGCUUGUAGGCCUGUUGUCUGGUGAGGACCUGCCUUACAUCACCGGCAACAACCUCGCCUACGGGCACACGGUCACUGGACCAGACAGGACUGGCGGCAAGUGCUCUUCACUGACGAGUCGCGGUUUUCUCUCACCAGGGGUGAUGGUCGGGUUCGCGUUUAUCGUCGAAGGAAUGAGCAUUACACCGAGGCCUGUACUCUGGAGCGGGAUUGAUUUGGAGAUAGAGGGUCCGUCAUGGUCUGGGGCGGUGUGUCACCACAUCAUCAAACUGAGCUUGUCAGUGCAGGCAAUCUCAACGCAGUGCGGGCUCAUCCUGACAUGACCCUCCAGCAUGACAAUGUCACUAGCCAUACUGCUUGUUCUGUGCGUGAUUGCCAGGGAAGAGCACGGAUCUCAAACCCAUUGAGCACGUCUGGGACCUGUUUGGAUCGGAGGGUGAGGGUUAUGGCCAUUCCCCCCCAGAAAUGUCUGGGAAAUUGCAGGUGCCUUGGUGGCAGAGUGGGGUAACAUUUCACAGCAAGUACUGGCAAAUCUGGUGCAGUCCAUGAGGAGAUGCAGUGCUAAAUGCAGCUGGUGGCCACACCAGAUACUGUUACUUUUGACCCCCCCUUUGUUCAGGGACAAAUUAUUCAAUUUCUGUUAGUCACAUGUCUGUGGAACUUGUUCAGUUUGUCUCAGUUGUUGAAUCUUAUGGUCAUUCAAAUAUUUACACGUUAAGUUUUCUGAAAAUAAACGCAGUUGACAGUGA